AUGGAGACAAAGUUUGCGAGCGCCCUUCCAGUCGGAGAAACGGUAAAUAUGGAGGACUACCAACUGUCAAGCGAGAAAACGUCCGAAAUGAUGAGACGUCGGCUGUUACAGCAAACAGAAAUGGCCUCAUACUCCGCCUGCAUGGCUGGCAAACACUCACGAUUGUUCUCUCUUGCCUCGCCGCUGUUGACUGGAGAUAGGCUGACAACGAAAGUGCGGCUGUCUGGUGGAAUUCACCUCAUCCACCAUGUCUACUCUUUGUUGAUGGGCCACUGGGCGGAUUUCUGA